GAAGAAUUUAUAUGGAUAUAGAACAAAGAAAACACGAAACAAUUGUUUCACAUUGUCUUUCAUCUUCAUUUUUUUAUCUUUUCAUUCAUCCGUUCAUUCAUCAUCUCUAGUUCUAUUAAUACAUCACCGUCAAUUCAUAUCAACAACGACAAUCACGGCGCGAAAGUGAAAACGAAAACGACAACGAUAAUGACAACAACAACGACAACAACAACAACAACAACGACAACGACAACGAUAACGACAAAGACAACGACAACAACAACGACAUGCCUCGCCGACCUCAUCGCCAUCCUCAGAAACAUUCUCUAUUCAUCAGAUGGUUCAUCAAACUCCUGAGACUCUUAGAUUCAAAUUUUCAUAUUUUGAUUGCUAUUCUUGCAAGCGUUCUUCUCUACUUCAUCCUGUCAAAAUUACAUACAAUCUUUGAUCAUGCCCUUUACUAUUACCAUCAUCCAGUUUCCUGUACUUGGGCUCUAUUUGAGAGUGCAAUCUUUCAUCUUGGUCAUCCAUUGAAAUUCCUCUCUUUGGUUUGGUUAUUUAUUUUCUCCUCCUCUAAUGCUUUUUCUUCCCCUCCUUUGACGGUUACAAUGAACAUGACGAAUACAAUGAAUUAUACUCUGCAACACCAUACUCUAGAGUUUCCAUAUUCAUAUGAUGGAAAUCGAAAAAGUUGUCAUUCUGAUUCUCUUUUUAAUUCCAAUUCCAAUUCCAAUUCCGUUUUUGGUUCGGGUCUAGAUCUUCCGGAGCUUUUGGGUGAGAUCUUCACCAAUUCUCUGGUUCCUACGACUUCAAGCUCGAUCAAAACUCCAGGAGAUCUCAAGAAUGCAAUCAUAGAACUCAGAAAAUUAUCUAUCAAUCAGACAACAACCCUUCCUCUUACAACAAGUCUUACCCCAUUCAUCGAUUCCGUCAUCGUCUUCGAAAAGUCUCUUUCCGCCCUUCAAGCUAGUGAAUUGGCUUAUCGUGAACUUUGGCUCCAUACCAUCUCGACUCUUUCAAAUUCUUGGUCUGCUACUCUAUCUAAAAUCACCACUUCAAUCAUUACUUUCGAAAAUUCACUUAAAUCUUAUCAAUCGAUUCAUUUUAAAUUCCCUUACAUCGAUCCAAUUACCGCAUAUCAUCACAGCGCCACCGCAAGAGAUAUGCUGGGCGAAAUCCAAUUGGCGCAUUGUGAGCAGAUUGUUCGGACGAAAGAUACGGUUAUGGUAUUUCGUAAAUCAGGGUUUCGAGUGAAGAGAAACUUGUAUCGGUUGAGAUCAUCCAUGGUGAGAAUGAAGAAGUGGAUUGAGAUUCUCCAGGAAGAUAUGGACAAAUUAAAGGUUGAUAAAGAGAGAUCGGAAAAGGAACAACUUCUAAAACAGCAGACUGUCAUUCACAGCAUAUUCAGUUAUUUCAGAGGGCGAAAUUAUACGGGUAUAAUUAAUGAAAAAAACCGUGAAGAUGGAAUAUCACCUUUGGAAACGAUCAAGAAAGAAUUGAAGACUUUGGAAGGCCAAAUGGAGGAGGAAUUAUUGCGAAUGGACAAGCUUAUGAAAGCUUGGGAGGCAUUAAAAGGGAGAGAGAAAAUGAGUUGUUGGUUUCCUGGCAUUUUGACGGGGUGGGGGGAACGUGAUGGUGGUGAAAGUCAAGGGAUGUUGGGUGGACGAAUUGGGGAGUUCAAUCUUGGUUGGCCAAUUGAAUAUGAUGAGUGGAGUCGAGAUUGGAUCUUACAGGUUUGGAGGUGGUGUAAUGAGAGAGGGAGAUUUGUUAAGGGGGUUGAGGAGAGGAGGGACAUUUACUUGGAGGGGAUUCAGGGAAGGGAGUAAAUGGGAGACAAAGGACGGGGGGCGGAUGACGCGCAGUGCUGGCAAUGACUGGGGUGGGGAUUACAAAACAGCCUUUCGUGAUUGAACAGUUUGGGUUAGUAAUUGGUUAGAAACUCUUAUGGGGAUAUGGAUGGAAGAUCGUUAGACAGGUAUUUUGGCCAAUAUGGUUGAGACUUCGCUUUCAAAACCCUAAAUUAAGUAUCAAGUUCCCGAAAUGAAGACUCAACUUGACA